AUGUCCCAGUUAUCUCUAUUCUCGGAUGCCUACCCGUCAUCUCUUUACGAAGGGGAUACAAUUGACGGUCUCUCCUUUCCGAACGACCAAUUCCAUAAUCCUGAUCUCUCAGGAAGCCAGCAAACAAGUGACUCAGUAUCGAAUCCCGGGUUUCUUACGCCGAUUCCUCCCCCUUCGGUACCUCCUUCACUCGAGCGCGAUGAAUUUGUCGCUUGGUGGUUAGAAACUGAAUUUGGACGCAAGAAACGGCUUCAUUGGAGUGGCAACCGUACAGCAGCUUGCUGGCAGCACUUCGAUCAAGUUGCUAAUGCAAAGACUGGAAAACCAGGAGCGAAAUGCCGUCAAUGCCAUAAAGUCCUAGACCAUCCAGCGAAUGGGCGAUAUGGAACAACUGCACUUCAUCGGCAUUUAGCUGGACCAACCUGUCGUAAAUCCACCAGACAAAAGACCAAUAUCAAGGGUUUACUUAUAAAUGCGGCCCAAAACGCACCAGCUACCCCGACUCCCUUUACGCAAGAAGCAUGGGAACAUAAACUGUUGAAAUUGCUUUCCCUUUCACGCCUCCCCUUCCGAUUCAUCGAGCAUGCCGAAUUUCAUGACGUUAUCGCAUAUGCCAGACUUGCCCCAGCACAACCCCAGAUUCCAUCUGCGAAAACAAUGCGGUCUCGACUACGGGGGUACGUCCAAGAGCAGCAACAGUCUAUACUAAAGCAGCUUCCGCCUGGUGUAAAGCUUUCGCUUGCAUUAGAUUGCUGGACAUCUCCAUUUGGACAGGCCUUUAUGGCAGGGACUGGCUACUUUCUUGAUCAGCACUGGGAAUACCGAGAGAUCCUUCUCGGAUUCCAACCUUUGUCUGGUUCACAUACAGGUGCAAACCUAAGUGAGGUGGUAUUAAAGCUCCUUCAGCAGCAUAAAAUCACAGAUCGAGUGCUUGCAGUGACUACUGAUAAUGCAUCAAAUAACAAGACUAUGAUAUCGAGUAUCCAAGAAUCAUUACAGUCCCUUGAAUUAAACAAUGGUUCAACAAUUGUUCGGGUUCCCUGCAUUGCCCAUGUGAUUCAGCUUAGUCUGAAUGAUCUUCUUGGAAAAAUGAAAGCAACUCCAAAGAAUGAGCACGCAGAGAUGAAUUGGUCAGAGGAUCGUGUCCGUUCUCUUCGCGUAAGGCAACAGAAACGAGAGAUCAUCGACACGCUAAAUAAGGUCCGAAACCUUGCGAUCUAUAUCAACGCUAGUCCACAGCGGCGGGAGUCAUUUUGCAACCUUCAGACUGAAGAGCCAAAGCUUGUUCCAAUCCAGGAUGUUCGAACCCGCUGGAACUCAACAUUUCUAAUGCUUCGACGUGCGAAACGGCUCCAGUCAACAUUUGAUGAGUUUUGUUCCCAGUACGACCAGGAUCACUUCGCUUUGAAUCAAGAAGAAUGGCGACAGAUUGAAUACCUUCUUUGGAUCACCCAGCCCUUUUUCAAAUUCACAACUCUUCUUUCGAAGACCAAGGAUGUGAGUAUUCAUUUAAUAUUCAGUAUCUACAAUAAGCUCUUCGCCCAUCUUGAAAAGUCAAAAAGUGCGUUGAAACGGAAGAAGGUUGCUUGGAAGCAGCUUAUGCUUAGUUCUCUUGAGGCCGCAGAGAAAAAGCUUUCGCAUUAUUACAACCAGACCGAUGAGAUCGAUAAUAAUCUUUAUGCGAUUGGCACCAUUCUCUCACCGCAACAUAAGCUUAAGUUUUUUGAAGGAAAGGACUGGGAAGAUCCAGUGAAUGACUGGCGUACGAUCUACCGAACAAGUCUCGAGAAUUACUUUGAAUGCUACAAACAAAGUCAUUUAGAUGCACAAUCAGCAUCAAAACCCCAAUCGUCAAUGGUUGCAAUCUCAGAGCUUGAAAUGGAAUGUCUGCAGGAGACGUCCCAGCCCUUAUCUUCGGGUCAAUAUGAUGAGCUGAAGGAAUACCUGGAGAGCGGCACCGUGAGAACUCCGACCGCUGUGUUUUGGAAGGAUCACCAGCGCCAAUUUCCAGCGCUUGCAAACCUUGCCCGCGAUGUGCUUUCUAUACCUGCUACUGGCGCGGGUGUAGAACGUCUGUUCAGCUCUGCCCGGGAUAUCUGUCACUACCGUCGAGGCUCACUAAACCCAUCAACAAUUCAAGAUCUUAUGAUGUUUAUGUGUACAUCACAAUUUGAGAUUGAAGAUAGUCAACGGACGUUGAUUAAUGAGUAUCUCUCACAUGAAGAGAUACAGGCUAAUCAGGAGGCAAACAGUACAGAUGCUCACCAACUUGAACCAUUCAGUGAUCAUGAUGAGUGCGAAUCUGAUAGAGCAGAUGAAGAUGAGAUUGAGCCAGUCCUUGAUCCUGCUCAGAUUAAACCCUCAGUGUUCCUUCCAGAUCAACCCUUGUUCAAUGGGCCCCAACUAAAACGCCGACAGCGCGGGCUGUCGGAGCAAGAGGAAGGAGAGCACGAAGAUAAUAGUGAGCCCGGCCUACCUGAUACACAGAACCGGCAUUCGGGUAGGGUUCGGAAGCGCUUCAGGCUUCUUGAUGGAUAUGAAGUUGCUUAG